AUGAGCAAAAUAUCAUUGGUGGAUUUGGCAGGAAGUGAGCGCGCUCAAAAAACGGGUGCUGUUGGGAAGCGACUCGAGGAAGGAGGAAGUAUCAACAAGUCACUGACGACGUUGGGUAUGGUAAUUUCAGCCCUCGCUGAGCGUUCGUGUUCCAGUGCUGGUUCGAAAACUAAAUUUAUACCUUACAGGGAUUCGGUUUUGACCUGGUUGCUGAAAGACAGUCUCGGUGGCAACAGUCGAACAGUGAUGGUCGCAACGAUAUCGCCAGCCGCUGAUAAUUAUGAAGAAACG